AUGGACCUCAUGUUGCACUCUAUCUCGAACAAGGCCUCCAUGCUACCUUGGAGGGAAGGUUUUUUUAGAAGCAAGGCCCUUGUGCAAUUUUUCAAUGUGUUGGAUGCUGAUGAGCAAGCGAGCGAGCAACUUCGUGUCAUUUUACGACCAAUGGCUAUCGAAAUAGUCACUGAUGAGGUUGACGCCGAGAUGGAGGCUGCUAAGGAUAUUUUUGGCAUGUCAUCGAAAGAUGUCACUCCCGAACUACUCCUCUCAUUUGAUAUUGGUGCUUUACUGACGGUGCGGUUACGAGAAACUACUCUGUGGCUACGACACAUCCUUUUGUCAGCUAUGCAGACAACUACGAACUGCAAAGGAGAACAAGAAGCAGAACAUCGAGACGAGUACAGCGCUGUCGUCGACCGGGCCUAUGUUCCUACAACUACGGACAUCCCGAUAUCUUUGUCUUCCAUUCUCACUAUUCGACCUGCACUCGACCCAAAUGGAACGGCGGAACCCACUACCCCAGGUGCCUCCUUAACUGACAAUAGCAAUACUCCGACGAGCAGCAACUCCAUCAUGUCCGCGCAGGGUUAUCAGACUGCUCAAUCGUUCAUCCAGUGUUCCACCUCGGUGACGAAAGGAGUUCAACACCAGCUUGGUGAUUUGGCUACACCACUCGAAAUACCUAAUGUAGUUGAAUAUCGCCCUGGUUACUUGGGGAAUCGGUUGAGCGACAACACCUCAUUCCCUUGGGGGAUACACUUUCCCCGCGCAGUCGUUGGUCACAACGUCUGCUACGACCGAGCGCGCAUUCUGGAGGAGUACAGCUUACAUGGAGCUCGGUCCCGCUUCCUCAAUACGAUGGCUCUGCAUGUUACAGUGAAUGGAAUAUCUUCCCACCAGAGACCUGCUUGGAUGAAACACCGCAAAUCCAAGGGGACUCCGAAAGUGCAUCGUGCCGAAGCGGUCGAGGCCGUCAUGGAACUUAUGCGUGAUGUGGAGUUUAAAGAGGAAGACAAUGAAAUUGCCCGUCACCAAGCACACCAACAACAGGGAUCUGGGAAUCAUGGUGGUGAAAGAGGCAAAGGUGGCAGGAACGAGCAGCAAGAUGACCUGAGAUGUGGUCACCUCUUUCCGGAUGCUGCUGGGGCCACUCAGGAAGCCGUUCCUGAGUUCUCGAUCGAAGACUUUGAGAACGCGGACGUGAGAUUCAUUGCAGGCGUGAUCAAAGAGUGGUUUUCGGCCCAAGAAGAAGGCAUCGAAUGGGGCUAUAUGCUGGACCCCCAAGGCUUUUAUCAAUCUGCCAUUCAACUCUAUGGAAUUGCAGAUGUGCCAGUCAUUGUUCCCAACGUUCGCAACGCUGUGGGGGUGCUCAUCCACCCAUCCGAAUACAGCCGGAAGAUCACUGCGCCUGAGCCUGUCGUGGUGGAUGUUAACUUGCGACUGUGA